ACAUGGUAAGAGAUCACCACCUCUCAAUUAGGUUAUCGAACCUUGUUCGUUCAAUUGCGUCGUCGAAUUUUUCAAUCUGAUGAAUCUGUUCAUUGCAAAUUCACUCGAGUUGUUGAUUGUUUAAACCCUAGCUUAGGUUUCAUCAACGAGCAAUUUUUAUUUUUUAUUUUUGUUUCCGGAUGAAUUGUGGUUAAUUAAUUGAUAUAUAUUCUUCAAUCUUAUUUCCUGUUUCUUUCUUUCAUCUGGAUUGGUUGGUUGGAAUCCUACUGCAAAUUGAUUCGUACUCGAUUUCAUUUUGGGUAUUCGACAAUUGUCUCAGUUUAUAAUUUGGUGGAGAUUUUUGAACUGAUCGAGCGUAGAAGCGAUUCCAUCGAUCGAUCGAUCGAUAUCCAAUCGCUGUUGUUUAACUAAUUGACGGCGAUUCGAAUUCGUACUUAGGUUGGUAAUUGUGCAUUCCAAUUAGAGAACAAGAGCAUCAUCAGAGCAGAUGAAGAAGUGGAGCAGGAGGAGGGAGAGGAGGAGGGGGAGGAGGAGUCGUCCGAAAUCGAACUCGGCAAGAGGAUCGAGAAAUUACGGUGGGUGGAGCUGCUUCUGGUCGGCGAGUUCUUCGGGUCGUGCGAGCAGCACAAAGAGGACAGGAAGAGCGAGGAGAACAUCUUCUGCGUGGACUGCGGCAGCCGGAUGUGCCCGCACUGCCUCGCCGGCAGACACAGUGACCACCGCCUCCUCCAGAUCCGCCGCUACGUCUACCAGGACGUCGUUCGCGUCCACGACAUGGCAAAUCUGCUGGAUUGCUCCAAAGUCCAGCCUUACGUUGUGAACAGUGCGAAAGUUGUGCUGCUAAAGCCGAGGAGGCAAUCCAAGCCAUUGAAAACGAACACCAGUGGCCCCGCAUGCAAAAUCUGCCGUCGGUCCAUCUCCGAUUCCCACUGCUACUGCUCCAUCACUUGCUUGGUUUCCGACGUGGACAGCCCUGUACUGACGGUCAAGGAGCCCACCGUCUGUUGCCAAUCCGAGCCGCUGCUUGCAGAUCGGCCGGCCAGUAGUGAGGAUCAGCCGUCCCCAUCUCCCGCUGCGUCGCCUCCGCCGUUCGAUGAAGGCCAGGAGGACGCUGGCCGUUCGAUUCCAGAACCCUCGGUUCGCAAAGUUCACAGGAGGAAAGGAUUCCCUCGCAGAGCUCCCUUUUGAAAUCGAAGAAUGGUGGAAUAUUUCUUGUAUUUAUUUUCCCUACUAAAUAAAACAAUGAACAAUCGUAUAUUCGUAUA